CUCUGUGGGUAUUCCCCAAAGCCCCUAUAAAAAGAGGGUCCCAGCAUGAGACAGAGACACAGACCUCCAGAGUCUCUUAGCUUGUGCUCUGCUCUUCCAGCUCCUCUCCUCUCAGGAUCAUGAAGGUCUCUGUGGCUGCCCUCUCCAUCCUCCUGCUCAUAGCCUUCAGCUCCUUGGCCUCUUCAGCACCAAUGGGCUCUGACCCUCCCACCUCCUGCUGCUUCUCCUAUGUCCGCCAACAGAUCCAAAAAAAAUUUGUGACAGACUAUUAUGAGACCAGCAGCCAGUGUUCUCAGCCAGCUGUGGUGUUUCUGCUGAGAAGAGGCCAGCAGGUGUGUGCCGACCCCACUGAGGAAUGGGUUCAGAGCUAUGUGGAACAGCUAGAGAUGAACUGAGGGCUCAGGGGGCUUGGACAAUGCAUCUUAAAGGGAAAUGGACCAAGUCAAGGAAUUCCACAGUCAGAUGCAGUUCCCCAAAUUCCUACCUUCCUGAGAUCCUCUCCCCCAUUGUAUUUCAUUUUUAUCUGGUCUAUAUAAUUUAUGUAAAUUAUUUGGUGGCAAUUAUGUUUAUUAGUCCUAUUGUUCCAUUUCUGGAAGACACUUAUCCCCUAUGGGGACCUUGGAAGCUUAGCCUCUGUCCUUUAGAGUCCUGAGGUCACUUGCUAGAUUCCGUGAACACGUGUUGUUCAGAUUUCAAAAUAAAUCUUUCUAAAGCUUUAUUUUU